CAAGGAUAAAAUAGUAACUUCACAACCUUUCUCGGUUUCUUCCCUGAAUAGCGGAGCGGGAACAAACAGUCACUCACUCACGCACACGCUCGCUCGCUCUCUCUCUCUCUCUCUACUGUGAGUAGUAGGGGAAUUCUGGUGGAAGAUGACUAGCCACCUUCACCAUGCAUUUCCAUAAUUAUAUUUUUACAUUCCCAUAAUACCCCUCUUCUCUCUGAGUGGAAUUGGAAAAGCGUCGGCAGUAUAUUUUGUAGUGUUCUGAGAUGGAAGAGGAAAAUUCCAAAUAAGCUACAAGAGGAGGAAAUAAAGGGACCCCCUUCUUCUUCCCUAUCAUCAUCUUCUCUGAAACCUGUGUCUAUCAUAUUUGUGUUAUUUUUUAAACAAACCUACCGGUUAAUCUUUUUCUGAGGGAUAUAAAUCUAGCGUGUUUUCAAAUACCCACUAGCAGUUUCUUUUCCUUUUUUCUGAAAAAGCUCUUCUAGUGUUUAGCUUCAAUACCCACCUGCGAAUUCUCAGAAAGGCGAAUCCUUUUGAAUCAGUGGCUGUAAUGGCGACGCAAUUUGGAAGUGGGAUGAUGUGGGUGGUGAAGAUGUUGUUCUGUUUCGUCUUGUUUUCGGCACCCUUGCUCACGGUGGCUGCGAGGACCUCCGUCCUCGAUGCGGGCACCGGCACCGGCACCGGCACCUCCGGUCAGAAGCUUGAGGUCCAGAUGCAGCUGAAGAAUUUGAACAGACCUGCUGUUAAGUCUAUUAAGAGCCCCGAUGGAGAUAUAAUAGACUGCGUCCAUGUCUCGCACCAGCCCGCUUUUGAUCAUCCUGAACUCAAAAACCACAAAAUUCAGACAAGACCAGAUUUCCACCCAGAAGGACGUACUUUUGGAGAAACCAAAGUCUCUUCAAAAUCCAAGCCUAUUACUCAGCUGUGGCAUCAGAAUGGAAGGUGUCCGGAAGGGACCAUUCCUAUCAGAAGAACCAGAAAAGAUGACAUAUUAAGAGCAAGCUCUGUUCAACAAUUCGGAAAGAAGAAGCACAAGGGCGUCCCUCAGCCUAGAUCUGCAAAACCUCAGCCUGACCUCAUCACUCAGAGUGGCCAUCAGCAUGCCAUAGUUUAUGUGGAGGGAGAUAAGUUUUAUGGAGCUAAGGCAACCAUAAACGUUUGGGAUCCCAAAAUUCAACAACCCAAUGAGUUUAGUCUCUCUCAAAUGUGGAUCCUUGGUGGUUCUUUUGGUCAAGAUCUUAACAGCAUCGAAGCUGGCUGGCAGGUCAGCCCUGAUCUAUAUGGAGAUAACAACACCAGACUCUUCACAUAUUGGACGAGUGAUGCGUAUCAAGCUACUGGUUGUUAUAAUCUUCUUUGCUCUGGUUUUAUUCAAAUUAACAGUCAAAUAGCCCUCGGAGCCAGCAUCUACCCACUUUCAAACUAUGGGUCUUCCCAAUAUGAUAUAAGCAUCCUUGUCUGGAAGGACCCUAAAGAGGGAAACUGGUGGAUGCAAUUUGGGAAUGAACAUGUGCUGGGAUACUGGCCGGCCCCACUAUUCUCAUACCUCUCGGACAGCGCUUCGAUGAUUGAGUGGGGAGGAGAAGUAGUGAACUCAGAAUCUGAUGGGCAACACACCUCAACACAAAUGGGAAGUGGGCAUUUCCCUGAUGAAGGAUUUGGCAAGGCAAGUUAUUUCAAGAACAUUCAGAUUGUUGAUGGUGAUAACAAGCUCAGGGCACCUAAAGACCUUGGCACUUACACUGAGCAACCCAACUGCUACAAUGUCAAAAGUGGCAAUGCAGGAGAUUGGGGAACCUAUUUCUACUAUGGUGGUCCUGGAAAGAACCCUAAUUGCCCGUGAUCGAUCAGGCUGCGAAAGAAGAGAAAAGGUAGACGGUUUUUUAGUCUCUUAUAGCUAGUACCUUGUGUUAGCCCCUAUCGAGUUCAGAUCCUUCAAAAGCCAGAGACAAAUCUUGAAUCUGUGUUUGAACCUGCGCUUGUUAGGUUGGUCUGUUUUUGAGUUCUGUUGUAUGAUAGUAUUUGAUUUCCAAAUAGGGUCUCCAAAUAAUUCAUUGGAGAAAAAGGGGUGGUGGGUUCCUUUAAUUUUCAUGACAAUUUCUUCUUCACUGGUGUAUGCUGUUGAUAAAAUAGUGUUUUUGUUUUGUUCCUCUCUCUGGAGUUAUUUGAAUGCUGGAAUGUGAAUGUGAAGGAGGGAAUAUUCUAGUAUUGGACAGGUGAAUAUGUAUUUAAUUAUUAUUUUAGCAUGUUGUUGGAUUUGUGAAAAGCUGUCUUGAUGAUGAUGAUGAUGAUGAUGAUGAUAAAAGGCAUUUAUAUAGUUUUGUUCUA